CACUGUUUCAUUACCGUUUUGAUUAUUGAGUCAAAAACUGCCGCCCUUGCUUGACAAUUUCUUCGUACAACAUUCGUAAAAAUAUUUAAGCAUGUCUGAAUCAAAUUCAUUUAAUGACUUUGUGACCUGUCCUUACGACAAAGCUCACCGUGUGCUCAGGGGACGUCUGGCAAAACAUUUAAUUAAAUGCAGUCGUAAUUUGGGAAUAUCAGAAGAAUGGACCAUUUGCCCUUGUAAUACCACGCACCAUAUUAAAUUGAAAGAUUUUGCUGAGCACCAGAAGGAGUGCGCAGAGGCUAAUUGGUUGAGGGGAUCAAGAUCUGGAUCUGGCAACGGAAACGGUCAACAAUCAGCAAAACCAGUGUUGGUAGAGUGCGAUGAGAACUGGGAUGAUGAGCCCCCCGUAGAAGCCUAUGACCCAAGCGUCUAUUGCGAAGAGAAUGCUAUAGUACGCACGCUACAAGGACAUUCAAAGGCAGCGCGCAAGGAGUUUCGGGAGAGCGAACGUCGUCGAUUAGCUAAUAAGAAGUAAAUUUGCCUACACAAAAAUUGACUAUGUAAUUUGAAUUUACAUUAAUUAUGCUUUAAAAUAGACAGCGUCCAUCAUUAUUCUUUAAUGUUGGAUUUAUCCUUGAUUAUAUUUUCAUUUUAUUGUUUAGCGCUGUCGAUUUGAAAGCUUGUAUGGUGCUGAUCGAUUCGAUUUUGAUGUUGUAAUUCUUGUGGGAAUUGGCAUUGCUUGAGGUAAAUUUAUAUUGUCGUUGGCAGUAUCAUCAUCGCUUUGCUCUUCUAACAAUCGUUUACGCUCCUCUUUUACAAAAGCUUUGCGCUGAGCUGGAAAUAUUCCCUUUGCUGACCGGAGCACAUUUGCAUUGGAAGCGUAUGCUUCAGGAUCGUAGUCGGGCACAUCAUCGUCGUCCCAAUUCUCUUCAGUUUCGAUUUUCUCGUGCUUCGUAUCUUCAACGAGUUCGGCGGACGCAUUGUGCUGAUAGUGCGCAAUAAUUUUGCGAUCGUCGCAAGUUUUUGUGUGUUG